UUAAGCUUUAUUUCCGGGUCACCCCCACACCUCACAUGUUUACACAAUUGACUAUUACUAGGUUUGUACUAGAUCCGCGAUAACACUCGUGAGUUGUAAACGAUGUCAAGAGGUUAUUAUCAAACGAUAGUUGUGUACCGACAGUCUAUACUAUCGUUUAUGGUUUACGUAGUCGUAUAGAGGCUAGCUUAACAUUUAUCAUUUAGAGCACAACUCACCGAGCCCAUGUUUUAUGUGCUAUAGAAGUUUACAUUCAGCUGUAUUCUCUUAUCUUAUUAUUCGGCAUAAAAAUCAUUCAGCGUAACCAGAUACUCAACUUGCGACAGAAUUUUAUUUUUUGUCCUGCGUAAGUUCCUGACUUCAGUGGACAGGCUUUGCACCGACUGAUGUUUACACCUUAACGUCAUGCUAACUCUCUGUGUCAGACACGUCUUGUCGAGGCGUUUAUCCUCGUUUACAUCCAAACACUGCACCAGAAGAAGAUGCAGCACAUCACACACUGAUGGUCUGGACCAGGCCAGCACACUGCUGCGGCUUUGCGUUGACAGACAUUACAUUUCCCCUGGUCAGACUAACAUAGAGCUCUUUGAGCGUGGCAUGUGCUGCAGCUAUGGACCUCUGGGCAUGGAGCUGAGGAAAAACCUGCUGGACCAGUGGUGGCACUCUGUAACCCGCUCCAGAGCUCAGGUUUUUGGGAUAAACACUCUGAGCAGCAGCAGGGACAAAGCAGUAGAUGAACUGGGGCAACUACGGAUUAUUGAAUCUGAUCAUUUAAAGCAAAUACUCGACAAGAAGGAGCUGAGCAAGAAUCAACUGAUCCAGGAGGUACACAUGUUCUUGCAGAGAUCCCCGUCUAUGAGAAGAAGCUUACUUCAAGGCGCCUUGGAGGAGUUCGUCCCCUCACUGGAGCUGGUGAACAAGAAGCUACCGUUUGGACUGGCCGAGACGGGCCCGUGUUUCCAGCCUUCAGAUGGCUCUGGUUGUCCAUCUGAGGUCACGCAGACGUCUCUAGUGUGGUUCUGCUCCCCUCGCACCUCAUCUCAGUGGCUGGAUCACUGGAUGAGGCAGAGGCUGAAGUGGUGGCGGAAAUUCGCCUUGUCCCCAUCUGACUUCAGUAGCAGUGAGGUCCCAGAGGAGGAGCUGGAAGAGGCAGCAUCUUGUGGUGUGAGGAUCACUUACAAUUUCCCGUGGGGACCAAAGUCCCUGGAGACACUGUGGAGUCGAGGAAAUGCUGAGCUGCUGCAUGUGCACAAAGGAGUCCGCUCCAAACUGCAGUGCCGAGAUGGACGCAAGUCAGUUCCUCACGUUGUCUCUAUAACUGGAAACAUGGACCGUGGUGCGAUGGCUUUUCUGUCCAACUCACUCCAGGAGCUAAAAAGAGAAGAUGGCAAGCAGAAGCUGCUGCAGAGAAAGGUUCUGAAGUUGCAUCCGGUGUUGGCUCCAGUCAAAGUGGCUCUGGACAUUGCAAGGGGAGGCACUAUGGAGCUGAGACAUGUUUGUGAAGGCCUUCUGCAGGAGUUUUUGGAAGCUAAGAUCUCUAUAUGGCCUGGGUAUCUUGAAACUCUGCCAACAUCAAUGGAGCAGCUGAACGCCAGAUAUGAUGAGAUGGGAGUUCUUUUCACUGUGGUGAUUAGCGAGAACACAUUGGAGAGCGGCCUCCUUCAGGUUCGCAGCAGGGACACAACCAUCAAAGAGACCAUGCACAUCUCUGAGAUCAGGAAAUUUCUGUCUAGAUACAUUUCUGCAGCUGACAACACCUAAGCAUGUUUUUUGUCUGAAAACUGUAAGGACACUGAAUAUUGUGCUGCCUCAGUUUUGCAUUUCAUCUCCGCACAAAACUGUGACAUGUCCACUUGGGAUUAAGCACUUAAUUAAAAUAAUUCUUCUCUUA